UGGUGCGCUGAACGUAUAGCGCGUGUACCUUCGAACUAUAGGGUAGGGGGCGUGUCCCUGCAGUGCUAUACAAGGACCCUCCAUUACAGGCAAGCCGACAAGCACACCGGGCGACUUCAGCAAGGGAUCGCUUCGCAGUUUUUAUAGAACAACAGUUAUUUACUUUCCCUGCCGAACGGCGUCUGCGAAAAGCCGGCGUGCAUCUCCCUGCGCUCAACCUGCCUGCAAAACUCCUUGGCGUCGCACGGAGCUAGAGAACAGGGAAUCAGCUGCAGAUUGUUUUAUUAUCGAGAUCCUCCGCGCGACAAGGGGGAGGAGACAGACUGUCCUAGCCUACAGAAGCCCGUGCGACCGCAGGAACGCAACAGCAGCGAACAUGGCGGCCUCCCUGUUAAGGAUCGGACGGCUCGGAGCACUGAAGUGUGUCCAGCUCGAGAGUUGGGCAUCUCUGAGAAGGGCUCCGGCGGCUGCUUUCAGCUCCAAGUCUGGGGACAAGAAGAAUUCCAAGAAAAAGUCAACAGAAGUCACUCCGCAGACCUACUUCGAUCUAGAGAAGAUGGUCCAGCACAGAACUCUCGUGGACUUCCCCAAGAAGGAGACGGUAGUGGCAGCGGCCGAAGCAGCAGUGAAGUCCCCAGUGUCCGAGCCACCCGCUGAGGCCACAGCCCCUGCUGCUAAACCAACUGCUGCCGAACCUGCAUCUGAACCUUCUACCCCCAUAGCUGAAACAGUUCCAGAGGCAGCACCUGGAGCAGAAGCCCCUGCCCCAGUGGUUGAAGCAAUCACAGAAGCUGCCCCAGUGGUUGAAGCUGUUGCAGAAGCUGCCCCAGUGGCUGAAGCUGCUGCCCCAGUCGCAGAAGCAAAACCAGUCGCUGAAUCUGCCCCAGUGGUUGAGGCAGUCGCUGAAGCUGCCCCAGUGGUUGAGGCAGUCGCUGAAGCUGCCCCAGUGGUUGAGGCAGUCGCUGAAGCUGCCCCAGUGGUUGAAGCAGUCGCAGAAGCUGCUGCCCCAGUGGUUGAAGCAGUCGCAGAAGCUGCCGCCCCAGUGGCUGAAGCAGUUGCAGAAGCUGCCCCAGUGGUUGAAGCAGUCGCAGAAGCUGCCCCAGUGGUUGAAGCAGAAGCAGUCGCUGAAGCUGCCCCAGUGGUUGAAGUAGUCACAGAAGCUGCCCCAGUGGUUGAAGCUGUUGCAGAAGCUGCUGCCCCAGUGGCAGAGGCUGUUGCAGAAGCUGCCCCAGUGGUUGAAGCUGUCGCAGAAUCUGCCCCAGUGGUUGAGGCAGAAGCUCCAGUUGUUGAAGCAGAAGCCCCAGUUGUUGAAGCUGCUCCUGCAGCAGAAGCCCCAGUUGUUGAAGCAGAAGCCCCAGUUGUUGAAGCUGCCCCUGUUGCUGAGGCAGAAGCCCAAGUUGUGGAAGCUGCCCCUGUAGCAGAAGCCCCUGUAGCUGAGGCUGCUGCAGAAGUGGUUGCAGAAGCGGUUGCGGAAGUGGUUGCAGAAGUGGUGGAAGCCCCAGUAGAGGCAGUGGCACAAGCGGUGGCUGAGGCGGUGGUUGAAGCGGUGGUUGAAGCAGCAGCUGAGGUGGUGGCUGAGGUACCUGCCGAAGCCUCCCCAGCUGCAGAGGAGCUUGUGGACGCCGCUGCAGAUGUGGGGAUGGACCCAAUUCAGAAGCUCUUCCUAGACUCCAUUCGUCAGUAUUCUUCACAGAGCCAGGCCUCUGGUGAGAUGGUGGACGCGGGCCCAGAGUACCAGAAGGCGCUGGCAGACGAGGUGGCCAAACUGCAGCGCCUCUACGGGGGUGGCGACCUGGACGCUUUCCCAGAAUUCACUUUCCAAGAGCCCAAGUUUGAUGAAGUAGCUGCCAAGUAAACAACAGCAUUGUCCUCCUCCUCCUCCUCCUCUUCUGCCCCAAACCCAGGACUGUACUGUCUCUGUCUCAGAGGACCUGUUAGUUUCAUUUCUAUGUGAGAACCUGAUGGCCUUUUAGCCAAGAACUCUUUAACAGACAAACACAUUCACACUCUGAUGAAGGAACAGGAGGCCUUUUAUCAGUAGCCAUAGCGCACACACAUACACACACACCUACACACACACAUACACACACAUACGCGCACACACACACUUGUGUAAAUGUGAUGGCCUUGUUGCUUGUUAAGGGAAUUGCUGCAAGCAGGUAGGGCUGUUUGCCCCUGACUGCAGCCUCAAUGAAGUGCCACCAGAUGGCGCCCUUGGGGAUGUCUGGAUUAAAGCAGGAAAUAAAGUCUACUGUCUGGAUAUGAAAUGUCUGUAUGGAAAUAAAGUCUACUGUGAGCCA